UUAAAAGGACCCUCCUGUUCAUCAGACCAACAGAAAGAAGUCAGUCUUGGUGUGGUAAUCGUACCAGCAGAAUUCUAAUCAUGAGGUUGGUUCUGUAUUUUGUCUCAUUGUGGAUCUCUGCAUGGAGCACACAGGCUCAGGACCUCAUGACACCAACUAUAGACAUUCUUGGGGAGCUGGUGAAACUCAGGAACAUGGAGGAAAAGCUAAAAGCCAUGGAGAACGAAAUACAGGAGCUCAGGAGAGAGAAAGCAGAGAAAAAGGUUGCCUUUUCUGCAUCACUGUUGGCCUCUGGAGAGGGACACACUGGACCCAUGAGCCCUGUGCCGUCACCACUGAUCUACAAAAAAGUCUUCAGCAACUACGGAAACGGCUACGACUCAAAUACAGGGAUUUUCACUGCUCCGAUUAAAGGAGUUUACUUUUUCAGGUUUUACGCUCACUGUCAGGGUGGCAGGAAAAUGGCUGUCAGCCUGUACAAAAAUGAUAAGCUGCAGUGCUCUGUGUAUCAUUGGAAGGUUGUGUUCAACACCAACGCCAGCAAUGGGAUUGUUCUGACUCUGGAGAAGGAAGAUCAGGUCUACACCAAGCUCUGGGAGGACAGCUGGGUGUACGAUGAUCCAGCUGGCUACACAAGUUUCAGUGGAUUUUUGCUUUUCUCUCUUUAAUUGUAAACCUGAAAUUCUGAAACGUCAUAGAUUCAGCAUUUACAUCGUAUGACAGCAUUUACAUUACGCCUUAAUUUGUGGGUGUGGGUUAUAUGGCAGGGCUUACAAGCAAAAAAAAAGAAUUGAAUCAUAAAGGGAAUGUAUUUCUCAGAACCUGGUAAUAAAGUCUGUAGGUGUACAGUUACAGACUGUAGUCCAUCUGUCGCUGUACAGUUUGUUUCGCCCAUGCAUCAUUGGUCAGUUUCUCACCACAGGUCUGCUGUUGUUCAAAUAUUAUUUGGCUGGUGGUCCAUUCUCAGCCCAGGAGUGGUCAGAGACCACUGAAGAGCAUUACUUACACAAACUGUACCAGCAAGGUGGAGGCGUUUCUGAUAAAGUGGCCAGGGAGCGUGAUAAAGAAAGUCUUGUAUGUGCUUUGCUCUUUCAGUAAAUGUAAUGUUAGAUAACCUGCAUGUGGUGUGAGAUUCAGGGAAUUAACUUUUACUUACACAAGAUUAAACAAACUAAUAUUAAAUAUUAAACACUAAAUAUGUAUUUUUCUGAUUGAUUUUACACAACAUGACUACUAUACACAUAAUAAAACGGACUGCUUCAUUAAAA